AUGGCCUCCAGACCGACUGUCACCGUCCACGGUGCCGAUGGCGCCGCCUCCAAGGACACCCUCACCCUGCCCGCCGUCUUCAAGGCCCCGAUCCGAUCGGACAUUGUCCAGCAGGUGCACACCGGCAUGGCCAAGAAUAAGCGCCAGCCAUACGCCGUGAGCGAGAAGGCCGGCCACCAGACCAGUGCUGAGUCCUGGGGUACUGGUCGCGCCGUCGCACGUAUCCCACGUGUGUCCGGUGGUGGUACUCACCGUGCCGGUCAGGCUGCAUACGGUAACAUGUGCCGUUCUGGUCGCAUGUUCGCACCCACCAAGGUCUGGCGCAAGUGGCACCAGAAGAUCAACCUUGGCCAGAAGCGUUUCGCGACUGCCUCUGCCAUCGCCGCCACCUCGAGCGCCGCCCUCCUUCUCGCCCGUGGCCACCACGUCUCCACCGUCCCAGAGGUCCCACUCGUCGUUUCCUCCUCCGCUUUCGCCGGUGGUGCCAUCAAGAAGACCUCCGCCGCUGUCGGUCUCCUCAAGGCUGUCGGUGCCGAUGCCGAUGUCCAGAAGGUCAAGAACUCCCGCAAGCUCCGCGCAGGAAAGGGCAAGCUCAGGAACCGCCGCCACCAGCAGCGCCGCGGUCCUCUCGUCAUCUACGAGCCAGAGAAGGACGGCAAGGACAUUGUCACUGCUUUCCGCAACAUCGCCGGUGUCGAGACCUGCUCCGUCUACGCACUGAACCUCCUCCAGCUCGCACCAGGUGGUCACCUCGGCCGCUUCGUCAUCUGGACCUCCUCCGCUUUCUCUGCCCUCGACACUGUCUACGGCAGCACCACAACUCCAUCCGAGCUCAAGAAGGACUUCCUCCUCCCAAGCAACGUGGUCUCCCAGCCAGACAUUGCCAAGCUCAUCAACAGCUCCGAAGUGCAGUCUGUGCUCCGACCAGUCAAGGGCGGUGCCGUCAGCAAGCGCACUGUUGUCCAGAAGAAGAACCCACUCAAGAACAAGCAGGUUCUGCUCCGUCUCAACCCAUACGCCAAGGCAUACUCGAAGGAGGGUCUUGGUCACGUCAAGGCGGACGACAAGGUUAUCGAGAAGGAGAAGGCUUUCGAGGCCACUCUUCACGAGAACUAA